CCCCCUUCUUUUUUCGGUGAGGAAUUACACUAACUUCAUUGGAAUAAGUCUUAAACGUGCACGGGCUUGCGCGGGAUGCCACGUACUUUGCAGCCGGUGAUCCCACUGCCGGGGCAUGUGACCGCAUUAGACGCUCACAUGGCCGCCGCAGCGAUCCGCAUUUAGUCGGGGCCGAGCGAGCUAAAGCAUCCGGAGGAGCCGAGAAGCGCUUCGAAGCUGCACGGCUCCCUUAUCCGCACUCAUCAUGGCGAACGGCGGGCAGAAAGUUGUGCUGAUCACCGGCUGCUCCUCCGGCAUCGGCCUGAGAAUCGCCGUCACGCUGGCCAGAGAUGAGAAGAAGCGUUACCAUGUCAUCGCGACCAUGCGUGACCUGAAGAAGAAGAACAAACUGGUGGAAGCGGCCGGAGACGUGUACGGGAAGACCUUGGUGUUGUUGCCGCUGGACGUGUGCAGCGACCAAUCGGUCAAGCAGUGCAUCAACAGCGUGAAGGAGCGUCAUAUUGAUAUCUUGAUAAACAAUGCAGGCGUGGGCUUGCUUGGCCCCGUGGAGAGCAUCAGCAUCGAUGAGAUGAAGCGAGUGUUCGAGACCAACUUCUUUGGAGUCGUCCGCAUGAUCAAAGAGGUCAUGCCAGACAUGAAGAAGAGGCGGUCCGGACACAUUGUGGUCAUGAGCAGCGUCAUGGGUCUUCAGGGUGUUGUGUUCAACGAUGUUUACACCGCUUCCAAAUUUGCCAUGGAGGGCUUUUGCGAGAGCAUGGCCGUGCAGCUGAUGAAGUUCAACGUCAGGUUGUCAAUGAUCGAGCCGGGUCCGGUUCACACGGAGUUUGAGACCAAAAUGAUGGAGGAUGUGGCCAAAAUGGAGUACCCAGGCGCGGACGCCGACACGGUUCGUUAUUUUAAAGACGUUUACCUGCCGUCAUCGAUAGAUAUCUUCGAAGCCAUGGGUCAGACGCCAGAGGACAUAGCUAAAUGCACUAAGAAGGUGAUCGAGUCCAGCAGCCCUCGUUUCAGGAAUCUGACAAACAGCCUGUACACGCCCAUCGUGGCCCUCAAGUACGCCGACGAGACCGGCGGACUGUCUGUCAACACCUUCUACAACCUGCUCUUUAAUUUCGGACCUCUCAUGCACAUCACCAUGAGCAUCCUCAAGUGCCUGACGUGCAGCUGCCUGCGCCGACGCACGCUUUCUCCCAACUGAGGACAAUCCCCCCGCCGUCACCAUCAAACUCGGGUACCGGAAUCAGUCAUUACACCCAAAAAAAAAAAGGCACCUUGAUUCAACAGUGUACAGUAAACGCAAAUGCAUAAAUAUAUUAUAUCAAAAUUAAGAUACGCACAAAAUACAUCAGACACAAAG